GUAAAAUAGAGGUGGCACGAAACUCAUGUCCACAUAACCGCCGAGGUCUCGUACAACCUGCAGCCUGCUUCUUUAAAUGAUCUGGGCCAAUGAGACUUCGAGAUGCUCAUGCAAGAUGCCCGCGCCACGAACCUCAGCUCAUGCAGUUGGACAUUGGAAAAUAUCAACCUAAUUAUGGGGCGCGCCCAAUAUAAGUAGUUACAUACCCCUGAGUCUCAGGAUGACAUUGCUUGCGUUUGCAUUGAACUGUAGCCCUCGAGGCAUAGCUAUGCCAAUAUGGAGUGGUUUCCUGAUUCCGAUCCAUUUAUAGCUCCUAAUCAUCUCGACUCAUUCGACUACGAAUUGGAAGUUCGUACCAAGGGUCAACAAUGCAGAGUUAUCCAGAACUGGGGAUUGGAUGCGGUUCAAGAUGCUGAGAUAAUUGAUUUACCGGACCAUCAAAGCUGGGAAAAUUGGAUACAGACUUUGGACUUCAUUCGGGACGACUUCAUCGUAGACAAGUUACCUAAAAAUGGUUUUGUAAUACUCUGUAUUCCCCGAGCGGAAGAUAUAAAACUCACAGAUAGUGCUGUCCUUUCGGCAUACACAGAUAUUCCUUUGGACAAGGAUUCUUCGGAAAGUUGGCAGAAAGUAGUUAAAGCAUUUCACCUGCCCGCCCAUUUUCCAAUGCUCGCGGUAAGAAAACAGACGUCAUUAACCUCCGUAGCUCGCACGUACAAGUUUCCAGAGGGCCCAGAGAAAAUUUGGAUGCACACUGCGGUCGUAAAUCCGGAUUCUGAUGAAGAGUCCUUUGCUAUGGCUGCAACUCAUUUCGAGAAGCAGAGCCUGACACUGGCUGUUAUGUUCUGCUGUUCGGAUGAGCAAAUCAGAAGGAUACAAGGGCUCGUAAACAUUCAUCAGGAUGCAAUAGGACAUCCCCUUCUCAUGUUGAGCAUCUACGUUGAGUUGCAGUACGAUCGUCUUUGUACCAUGAUUAGUAAAAGGCACUGGCAAUAUGAUACUCUCAUGGGAGAGAAGGCUUUUCAAGAAGCUAAGGAAGUAAAGGAUCGUUUCAGCUGGGAAACUAUCCAUAAGGUUAGGUCGACCCGAGAAGCCAUCCGGAAGGCUGAGGAAGAAGUCGAGGCCACGAAACUCCAGUUAUCCAAGGCUCUUUCGGAUUUGCAGAUGCUGAAGACUCUCAAAGAUGAACCUUCGACGAGAAUGACGGAGAUAAUUUCGGAGCGAUUUAACGAUAUAAUUAUGAUGCUCAAUGGCCAAAGUUCUAAAUGUCGAAUCCUUGUUGAGGACAUUUCGUUCGCUACAGAUAUAAUGAGGAGUGAAUUAUCAAGGCAAGAAGCCCAGACCAGCACCGAGAAUUCAAAAUUUGCUACUGGUAUCGCUUUCGUGGCUAUGAUCUAUCUUCCCCUGUCGACAACGGCGACCAUAUUCGCUAUGCCCAUUUUUCAAUGGUCUAACGACUGGAGAGACUUACGGUAUCGACCAGUAGAUAGUGGUAAUACGUCUGACUCAGGAGGCCCUAGCGACGCAACGAUGUCGCCGGUAGUCUCUGGCUAUAUCUGGCUCUACAUUUCGAUCUCCGCUGCUUUGACCUUCAUCACCUACUUUGGGCUGAAGUUCUACAUGAAACUACGAAACAGCGAAGGUGGCAUGUCUCUACUCCCAUCGAUUCCUGGCUUUCGAAUUUCUCGGUUUACAAGGCUGUUUCAAAACAAGAUUACUCCCUUCGUGGCUAGGAAUGGCAAAAAAGGGAAAUACAAUGCCGGAAAGUCUCUUCCUCGGUGAACGAAUAGAUCUAUCUUUUCUAGGUAUUGCACCUCGAAUAAUUCGAACAUGUCCCUGUCGCUAUCCAUGGAAUCUGGCUUGGAACUUGUAGUACCACGUCACUGCAAGGAAACGCUUUGCCUCUAGAGCGGGGCGUUAACCUCUUGCCAGCUGACGAGCUCGCGUUCUUCGAGUCUAACCUUCCAAUCUACUACAAUAUGCGAUUACUCGACAUUGUUAGUUCGGCCAAUAAUUGCCUUCAUACAUUGGAUCCUAGAUCAAAUAAUGAAGGUUGCCUUGUGCUCCAAGGGCCGGCAUUUAAGAGUCACAAUGGAAGAAAGGAGGAUAGUCGAAUCGACAGAAGAGUAUGAUAAGAUAUGAAUACCUCCAUACUACUUAUAUUAAAGCUGUUUAGAUCUUGGUGAAGGUUGUUUGAAGAGCAUUUAGAAUAGGCUAUCGGCGAGUAAGGAGAAUUAGACUCCCUAGGGAUCGUUUGCCAAUUUAUUACAAUAGAGCCAAUAAUUAGAGACCCGUCCAGGCUCAGAGAUUUAUGAAGAGUGAGAAUAUAUUUGAGUCCAUACUCC